UUAUAUUAAAUAUUUAGGACAAUAUCGUGCGGAAUAUUAAGGUGUGAGGGUGGAUUAUAAAUAUGUAAAAGUUAGUGGACAAAAGGGGGAAAAAGACACUAUAGAAACUUGUUCAAUUAAAUUCAGCUAGGGUUAGGGUUUUGACGUUUUAACGCAUCAAGAAGAAAACAGUACUGAAUCAGGGUCUGAUAAAAGAACAAUUAAGAUGUCGAAGAAAAACGAUUUAGCUCGGAGAAAAAGACAGCAUGAAUUCGAACUACAAAGAGAGAAGCAAGAGAAGGAGAAGAAAGCAAAUAAGCUUCAAACUAAGAAGAAUAAAAUGAAGGUUGACGGGAAAGACAAGAAAAAGAACGGUGCAAGUGGGUUUCAAGUAGGGAAGAGAAAGGUGAAGACCAAGUUGACAGCAGUAGCAAAGGCUAAAGCUGCCCAAGCAAUGGAGCUCGACAAAUGAGGUUCUUAUUGAAUCUUCCUGGUGCACGUUGAUAAUUUAGCCGGCUUGAAGAAACAGUUUUGAGCUAGAGAAGCAUAGUUUCUUGGACUUUACUAUUUGUAAAUUGGAUGGGAAAGUUCAUAUUUACCUAUGGCUUUACUUUGAUAUCCUCUGUUCCAUUCCAUUUUCUAAUAAGAAUAACUAUUCUGUGUUAGCUGGACUUUUUUAUUUAUUUAUUUUGUGACAAUGUAAUGUGUGUUAUGUACAUUUUAUCUGGUUCACAAUGUCGAUUGUCUUCAUCCUUGUCCGAUGUUGUUUAUACUCUAUUUUCUUCCUUGGCUCA